AAAUAUAACCAAUAUACUAAAUUUACAUUUCAACACUGUGGAACAGUUAACAUGUUUGUGAUCUAACCUUUCUUAGAUAAACCUGUUUAAAGUCUCACAAUUUUUGGGCUAUUCAAUAGAACCAUCAAAUUAAUGUGGACAGCUGGCGUUGCUUCGCAACAGGUGACAGCUUUUAAUGGCAGCCCCACUUGGUCGCUGGACAUGCCAAGCUUCACGUGCAAAAGGACAUAAUCCUAUACAUACUGAAGCGUAGUAACGAAGUUAAAGUCACGCGCUGGUCAAGUAACUCCCAAGCUAGUAACUAACUAGUAACUAAGGGUAGAUAAGUCAAAAAAGUUUAAACGUUGACAUUUAAAGGUUAAAGGCAAAGAAAUCUGUUGAGAUGUAUAGAUUAUCUGAGAUCUUCUUGGGUGUACCUUGCUGCAAACACGUAUACACAUAUGUUAUGGAAUUGUCAUUUUCCUGCCACAUUUUGCCAGCUUAGCAUGUAAACUUUAAAAUAUAAAACGUUAAAAUGAUUCCAACUAGUUCUUAACCAGUCACCCGCUCUGUCGCUAGGGGCAACAGCGUUUAGUCGCGCCAAGUUACGAAAGCAAAGAAAAUGCUGUCUCCGCGUAUCAGACGGUAAUAUUUCGUUCUUCAAAAAGGUAAUAGAGAAUGGCAACAGAGAAUUGUUUAAGCGACAGCCAAAUAAACGCAGUGGAUAAUGAGAAACUUGUAAGACCAAAAGUACAACUACAAACCCUGCUCCAGCAGGCAGGAGCAGACAAGGAGAUCUUUACAAUGAAAGAGGUAAUAUUUUACCUCGGGCAGUACAUUAUGAGCAAGCAGCUGUAUGACAAGAAACAGCAGCACAUUGUGCACUGCGCAGAUGAUGCCCUGGGGACUGUGCUUGGUGUGGACAGCUUCUCCAUCAAGGAACCCCGUGUCUUAUUUGCAAUGGUCUCCAAAAACCUGGUUGCUGUAAAAAAUGAAGGUCCCCAGUCACCCUUUACAGAUCCCAGCAGUCAAACUGAACCAGACAGCGCAUCACAAGAAACAGACUCGCAUUUAGCCACUCCUGGGAGGAGACGGAGACGGAGCAGCGACCCUGGAACCUCCACAGACGAGGAACACAGCCACAGAAAGAGGCACAAAUCGGACAGCUUCUCGCUCACAUUUGACGACAGCUUGUCGUGGUGCGUGAUCAGCGGCCUUGGGAAGGAGCGGAGGGCCAGCGAGUCGUCAGAGUCCGACGGGAGCUUGAUCUUUGAAGACCGUGUUCACAUGACUACCUCCUGCAUAGGAACAACUCGCAACGACUUGAUACUGAGCGACAGCGAAGACUCCGGUUCAGAUCACUUCAGUGUGGAGUUUGAGGUGGAGUCCGUCAACUCGGAUGCCUACAGCGAGAACGACGAGGCGUCGGACGCGUCAGGAGUAGACGAGGUGUACGAGGUCAUCUUUGAGGCAGAGGAUGAAGACUCCUUUGAGGAGGACACUGAAAUUUCAGAGGCAGACUAUUGGAAGUGCUCCAAGUGCGAGGAGCUCAACCCUCCCCUGCCACGCCUCUGCCAGCGCUGCUGGACGGUGCGUGAUCACUGGCUGCCCGAGUCGGACGCCGCAGGCGCCGACCACAAGGCCCUGCCUCCAAAGCCCCCUGUGGCUGAUGCCGAGGAGGGGCUGGACGUCCCCGAUGGCAAGCUGGCCAUUUCACCCCCAAGUGUCGAACCCAAGGAGGAGGCGGCGGCGGCGGCGUCUGGGCCCCAGGAGAGCUGCUCGCAGCCCUCCACCUCGAGCGCCAGUGCCGGGAGCAGCCAGGAGGAGGCCCCCGAGCUGGAGCGCUUCAACAGCCUGGAGGCCUACCUGCCGUCCAGCUGCCUGGAGCCCUGCGUCAUCUGCCAGAGCCGGCCCAAGAACGGCUGCAUCGUUCACGGCCGCACCGGCCAUCUCAUGUCCUGCUACACCUGCGCCAAGAAGCUGAAGAACCGCAACAAGCUGUGCCCUGUGUGCCGGGAGCCCAUCCAGUCUGUGGUGCUGACCUACCUGAGCUGAAGCACCGCCCUCAGAGUUCACUCUAAUUUAAUAAAUUUAUAUUGCGCUUUCAUGGCAAAAGGGUUAUAUUUAUUUAAAACUCUGUGUUUGGUGUUUAAACUGAGUGCAUUAACAGAGCCAAAAUUUUGGGGCUAAAUGGCUUUGCUGCAUGUCUGAGCUGGUUUCUUCCUGUGUUCAGAUUUUUGUCUUCGAAGAAGUAAACAGAGUCAGUCGUAUUUAAAUAAAUUACUGUUUUAUUGUUAAGUUGACUGGAAAACAACAGUCAUGUAAAUGUUGCUGGUGGAAUUGCCUGUUUUAGGCUUUUAAAGGACCAAUGGCAUAAAGUCUCUCUUCCUGUUACUGAUGUAGCCCCAAUGUCAGGAUGGGCUUUGAGGAUUCCAGGUAUCUGCUCUCAAGUGGAGAAAGUGUGGCUGAAGUGCUGACUGGGUGCUGCAGUUGGCCUUGACUGAGAUACUUCUGUCAGGAUAGUGCUGCCUUUUCAGAUGCUCCUCGGUAAUAUUGUGGGAUGAGCUCAUUACUGAUCCCAGUGCACACAUAUCUGUACAGUGACUGCAAUUGCCAUUUGUAGUGAGUCCUUAGUGGGCAGAAGGUACCCUGCCUAGAUAUUCACACAGCUUGUUCAGGAGAAAUGUUCACGGUGCCCCCUAAACUCCUGUGGGGUGCUGUGUUGUCACUAAGCAUCAAAACAUAUACAUAUAUUUGCCCCAUGGUCUUGAAAGAUUGACAGAAAAAAUGUCUUCCCCUUACUGAUUAAGCCUGGUAAAAUGUAUUUCAUUAUUUAAGAUAUUACUGCUUUGUGAUUUUCAAGUAGAGGAGAUACUUUUCAGAUAACAGGAAUAAGUGUAAAAGGCCAGCUGGGUUGGUAUGAAUUCUAUUCACAAGAAAAUUCUUGACACACUAUAUUUAAGGCCUGUUGGAAGUGCCACCAAAAAUGCCAGAGAAUGUUUUACAUAUUUAAUCAAACUUAAAUGCGCUAUAACUCGGUAGAUGUAGCCAUCCGCCACCAAUACGUCAAAUGACAUUAAUCUUAUAGCUAGUAGCUACCGAACCUUUGAAAGCGAAGCUGGCUGAUUUAACAUGCAGCUAAGAAAUGUUGUAUACCUUUUAAACAUCUUAAUGUAGCAAAAUGUUAAUGGUAUUAAAACGAAUGUGCUUGUUUGUCAACUUAAAUGUACAAAGCGCUUGAUCCCACUUCAGAGCAAAUUUAUUCUGUCCACUAGAGGGAGCAGAAGCGUUAGCCAAUAGAAAUUAAGGGUGCAGUCGGUACGCCUCACACCUUUGUCAUUUAUUGCCGCCUCGACUGCGCGCUCGUGUUGGAUCAGCGUUAAUUGCGUUGAUUACAUUUGUUUAAUGAGUUUUGUAGCCAUACAAUGUUUUCUGCAAAACAAAGUCAAUUUUUCGCUACGUUGUAACGAACACCGACAGUCUGUUGAAAGGGUAGGGUGUGAGUUUCGGAAAAUUAGGCUUAUUUUGUCUGAAUAUCUCUGGCUUGUGUCUCGUAUACACUGUCAGAAAACCUUUGAGGGUACAAUUAUUUCUCACGGGUUGUACCCUUAUAGGUCUGCCAAAUGUACCAUAGCUGUAGUUAAAUGUACCUUUUAACAUACAGAAAUAUCCGAGGAACAUUUUUGUACUGUUGGGGGCACAUUAAUGUGUGGCUACCAGGGCUGUACCCUUUUUUCUGAAUAUGUUGAAUUUUGAUUUGAAGUUAUUAAAAUUACUAGUUACUUUCUACGGUACUAAACGUUGUUUUUCAGGGGGAUUUAAUUUGUCGUAGCAACUGAUAGCUUGUAUAUUUCUGUUAUAUUUUGAUUUACGACACUAAGAAUGUAAAAUAUAUUACGUAUGUAAUAUUUAAUUGCAUUGUUUCACGUUGAAUUUUGUAGUGCAUUAAUACCGAAGUUUGCUGUCAAUAUACUAAAGGCAGUUUGCUUUAUGUAACUCUUAUACGAAAUCGCAACAAUAUUUACAAUGUAUCGAUAUAGUAUUUUGAUUUGUUUAAAGGGAAAGACUUUUAACAACUAGUAAAUUGAACAUUCCUAACUUGUUUUACUCACCCUGAUGCAGCUGAGGUUAUAAAAACAAAUCGUUGCGUAGGCCGUCCUGCUAGUGAGACGUAACUGCUGUGCAGAUGCACUGAAUCGAAUACCGGCACCUUACCGUAGAAACUGCGUUCGUUUGGCGCGUGUGUGUGUGUGUGGUGUUUUGUUUUUUCCAUUGUAACCGCUCGGUAAUAUAAAAUAAUUUUGUCUUAUCAGGGGCGUGGCUAAGGCUGUUUCCCGGGGCAUUCAGCCCUCCCGCCAUAGAUGAACACUAACUUGUGUGUAAAUGGUGUGUUGUCAUUUAUUUUGAUUAAAAUCAGACCGCCCGCCACGCCCAGUAAAUGUCACACAUUUCACCAGUCUCUAGUGAUGCUCCUGCUUGUCGUGGGGUUCAUUGUGUUGUUUGUAUAAUUUAUUUUAGGCUUUUGUUGGGCAAUCACUUGUGUAUGUACAAAUAGAUGCAAAUAAAUGCUUUAUGUUUA